AUGAUACCUAGAAAACCUGUUGCGUCUUCCCUAUCCCAGGACAAGGAGCCAAGGCGCACUAGCGCUGGCUACACGACCACAUUGGUAGCGACAGCCCUACUGGCGGUGUUUGUCGCGAUAGUACCGUGGGCCCGUCGUUGGGUAUUAUCAGGUGCAGCUGUUGAAACUCUGCUCCUUCUGCACGCCAGUGGUAGCGAUUCCAAGAGGAUCCUGCCAUCCAUGCCGCUAUGGACGCUGCUCUCCACGCUCAACCUAACCUAUGCCAUCUGCUCAACAUCAUGGCUACUAAAUGGACUUUUCAUCGCUUUCAUCUAUCCCGUCGUUUUCUUCACCAGCGUGGCCCAGUUCCCGGCCGUGGCAAGCCUCUGUCGCAAAUGCCUCAGAAAAGCACUCGGCAAAGAUCCGCAUUUUAUCUCAUAUUUCAUACGUGACCAAUUAGCCCUAUUCAACCUUCCCGCCCUGGAAAUCGACACUGAGGUCAACGGACUGUUUGUCAUCAGGGGCGUCACAAUAAGUCUCUCUACCCUGACUAUAGUCGCGCAUGGUAUAGAAGUCGGGAUCAAAAUCACCAAUGACAUUGAGCUGGCGUUAUGUGUCGAUGAAGUCACGGUAAAACUGUUUCGGCACAUUGACAUAGGCGACGUAUACGCAAAUGUCAAAGGUGGAAAGUUCGAGAUGACGUUGGGCGACGUCGACAAUGAUCUCAUCGAUGACAAUGCCAGCGUGGACAGCGCCUUCCUUGGUGACACUCCAUUGCUGCGCGCCGCCACCGUGGGCUCAGAAGGCUUCAGGGACCGCCCGAAGCUUAGAGAAUCUCUGACUGGCGGCGCUAGCUUUAUGAGAGAUUCGUCGGCACAAGAUGGGUUCGACGGUGUCACGAAGCUGUCCCCGGAUGACGAGCUGGCAGAUAAAGAGUAUCGUCAGCGCUUGACCGACAUUCGGACUACCAGUCCCAUCUAUCAAUCGCGUCAAGAAGCCCGUUCCAAGGCUGCCGCGAAUCUGGAGCCCAAACUUAAGUUCGACAAAGAUAUCCGCGCUGCUAUCUCUGCAGAGCUGCACAGCAUGCCAUCAAUUGCUCAUGCGCCUUCACGGUCUGUUCGUGUUACUACUCUCCAAACACUGUCACCACCGCACGUGCGCCGCUUCAUGCACAGACUCCCCUUUCUGCUAAGACUCCUGCUCGCGCCGCUGAGUUAUUUCCACCCCAUCAGCAUCGCCUCGAUCAAUGCAGCGGGCUCUGGCCAGUGGGUGUCCGAACUCCUCCAACAGGAAGUGUUCAGGCAUUACCUUGACAAGAGUGCCGAGCUUCGGAGGCUUCAUCGAAGAGUCUCUACCUGGCUAACAGAUGCUACAUUUUGUGUGCAGCUUACCGAUGUAGACGGCCUUGGAUCGGUCCCUCUGACCACGGCUUACGACAUUAUCGCAUAUCUACGAUUCAAAGAUGUCAUGGCAUAUCGCAACACGCAGGAAUUCAACAAGAUCACACAAGUUGUCCGCCUUGGAGGUGCUGAUGCAACUUUUACGAUUCCUUCGUACCUGUUGCCGCAUCAUGAACACCUUCUGCCACCCAGACCAACUCGGGCCGAAAAGGAAGAAUUUGAGAUUGAAGUUACGGAAGCGGAUGGAAUCCCACAAGCUGUCCAGGCCGAGAAGGACCUUGAGAAGAUACAGAAGGACGAGUCAGCUAUUUCUAUGAGCGUACACGCCAGUUUACCCGCUGCCUUCGAUCAGACAUUACUGAAUUUUAUCGCUGCACUUGUUAAAGCCACAAAGAUUAUCGAACUAGAGAAAGAUCUCGCGGACGUUGAACAAAAGGCUGAAAACAGUGCAUUUUCUACCAUAGCCAAUAUCGACGACGCUCCGACUUCGCCGAUUUCGGAUACUGCAUCCGAAACCGAAAGCAUCAAUACACUGGCGUCCGAUACAUCUACAAAAGCCAAACCUGGUAUGAAAGACGUUGCAGGUUUCAAGAUGAUGGCUAGGAACAUUCGACAGAACCUCAAAGAUGGUACAUACAAUAGCUCAAUCAAAGAGCUUGCGAAGGAGCUGCAUCAGAGUACGAAUCGCGGUAUGAAAAAGGCCAUGGUCGGCGGUCUCAUAAAUGACCGCUGGAUUGCAAAGCUGGUUGGCAAAACUGCCGCAGCGCUGCAGAAGGCUCAGGGUGAUGUGGGCUAUAGUGGUGAAAUCCCUAUCUCAUUGGCGCCGUAUAGAGGCAGUGAGAGCUUGCCCUCGAAGUUGUUGCCAUAA